AUGAAGAUGCUCAUCCUCUUCAUCGCCCUCACCGCUGGCGUCCUCGGCAGCAUGCUCGAGGGUUCCUUCGUUUCCCCCCGUAACGCGGCGCCCGCAUCUUGCUUCGAAGUGGGCGAAAAGCAAUGCGGCGAGCUCUGCAUUCCCCUCUCGUACAUCUGCUGCCCCGACGGCAAGGGCGGAUGUCCCGGAUCGCACGGCUGUCAGCUCGCAGAGAACGGGGUCUGGGGAUGCUGCCCCAUCGGUCAGGUGUGCCACGGCAGCGCGACGGCGACGACAAACACCAUGGUCAUAAACCCCACCGGGGCGGAGACGAAUACCAUGGCCAACACCCUCACCAACAGCCUCCCUGGUCAGCCGAGCACGCAGACAACGCCCGUGACUGUGCUUCCCACAGCCGAGACGGACGCCGAGGAGCCGACAGGUACGGAGGAGCCAACUGCAGCCACUGGACAGCCGUCCAUCUCGACCGUCCCCGUGUCGGCGUCAUCCACCACGGGCCGCUCCAACGCAACCGUGACGGCUCCUCAGUCCAGCACAACUGCGGGCCAGCCGCGUGCCAGCAUCACGGCUGCCGGCAAUUCCCUGUCCGCCUCUGGCCUCGUUGGCGGCUUGGUCGCCGGCGCCGUUGCUCUUUUCCUCUGA